GUGUUUCCCGUCUUCCCCUGAAAAAAACGAAUCGAUUACAGUUUGCAGAUUUAAGUGUUUUUUGUUGUUUUAGUGCGAUAUUUUCAAGAAUCGGGAAGUGUUGAAAUCACACCGUGGUUGCAGACGAUGAGUGUUCUUGGAGUUCAUCUUUUCAUCAUUUUUUGUUCUCUGUGGAUGCUGGGAGUUAGGGCUGAUGAUCCGGCAAGAAUAUUGGAUGGAAUUUUACAAGAAAAUGCUUUCAAAGCUCUGGUUCAACCACUUACGGGUGUCUCCUACGAUGGAAAUGCCCCUUCCAACUUAGCUGGUAUAAAGGUAUCUGGAAUGAGACUCAGGUCUGGGAGUUUCGAAAGGCAGGGAGUUGAGAUUAAGGAGUUCUAUAUUCCGGAUGGAGUGGUUGUGAACCCUUCCGUCAAAAGAUUAGUUCUGGUUUACCAGAACUUGGGUAAUUGGUCGGAAGUUUAUUAUCCCAUUCCUGGUUUUACAUAUAUGACACCUGUUUUAGGGUUGUUAGCCUAUGAUGGAGAUAAUCUCUCAUCUACAGAUUUGCUGGAAUUGGAUGUAAGAGCUACUGUACAUCCAAUCUUGAUCAAUUUCGCUGAAGAAGUUAGAUUUUUUUCUGGUGGUUAUACACUUCAGUGUGUAAAUUUUGAUCUGCAAGGGAGAACGUUGCUUAGCAAUGUCCACAGAAGGAAUAUUUGCUCAACAAAAGAGCUAGGCCAUUUUGGUAUUGUGGCUGCUCCAAUAUCCCCUGCUCCAGUAUCCCCAACUCCAGUGCCGCCAGCGCCAUUGUCUCCGUCUACCAACAAGCAUCACAGAGUUUUGAAAGUGAUAUUGACUGUUAUCUUUGGCUUUAUAGCUCUAGGGAUGUUGCUGGCUGCAAUAAAGAGGAUUGAACGUACUACAUGGGAGAUGGACGAGUUGUCAAUGCAGCUCGCAGAGAUGCAAGGAACGCAGCUGCAGAGGCUUGGAAUGGAACAGGAGGAUUCUAGAAGGGACGGCUGCCGAGGCUUGCAUUGAAUAUCUUUCAUCUAUUAGUUUUGAAAAUUGUUUGCACUCUUGAUCUUAUGUUCCUAUUUUAUGUUUUUUGAGCAUAGACAUUUUUUCUUAUCAGGAUUUGAUAUGCCUUGAUUGAAAUCUGAAGUUUAAGCUUUGAAUGUGGCAUAUAACUGGAGCUAUUGGAACUUGGAUUUUGAAUUAGUUUAGAGGGUCGGAUAAU